AUGCCCGCACCAACACAGACGCUGCCACUCCACCGCGUCCGUUUCUUUGACCACACUCCCUCUCCCAUUGUCGCACUUGCGUUCCCACCCCAGCCCCUCCCUGUCCCGCGCGACCCCGCAAGUGUCAAGGGCAAAGCGCGAGAUGCCACCGACCGUCCAGAGCUCGGCGCGCUAGUCGUCGCACGCGAGAACGGUGAAGUAGAGAUCUGGAAGUACUCUCCCUCUGAGGAGGGCAGCCUCGGCAACUGGGUCCUCUACAAGACGCUCCCACCGACCCUCACGCACCCGACCAUCUCAGUCAUGGCGCUCGCCCUACGUGACCCCGAGAACUUCCAUUCAAAGCCUUAUGCUGUGCCGCGUGUCGAGGACCUGCGCCUUUUCGUUGCUGGCUCCGAGUCCACCGAGCUCACUGAACGUUGCCUUGAGACUGGCAGGGUGCUGCAAACAUACCCGAUCCCAUCGCCGCCUCUUUGGAGCCUCAGCGUUUCUCCAACACAGCAGCUGCUGUGUCUCACCACCAACUCGCCUGCCCUUCACUUUGUCUCCAUCCCCCCACCCCUUCUCCCCGGCAGUGUGACGGUGCUCGAGCCAGCUCCGUCCCAUCUGCUCCGCUCCGAGACGCUACCAUCAAGGACGCGCACUGUAUCGGUAGCGUGGGGCCUCCCAAAACUCGUGCAGGAUAACGGAGAGUGGUCAUGGCGCGACACGUACCUCCUCACAGGCAACUCGGACUCGUCGUUCCGGAGGUGGGAGUUGCCUGUUCCGACCGGCGGCGGCGGCGGACGCGUGCAGAUCAAGGGGCGCGCGGUCGUCGAGAAGAUUGCAAAGGGCAAGAAGGGCAGUCACAAGGGCACAAUCGUGUGGGGUGUCGGUGUGCUGCCUGACGGGACGUUUGUGACGUCUGACUCUCUCGGUACUGUUGCGUUCUGGGACCCCGCAACGAUGGCGCAGCGCCAGUCGUUCCGGCCACACAAGGCCGAUGGGAUGUGCCUCACCAUCGGACCGGGUGGGCGGACGGUAUUCACCUCGGGCCCCGACCAAAAGGUGUGCCAGUUCUCGGCCAUCACGCAGGCGAACGGCACAACGCAAUGGGCCCUCACCGCGACGAAGCGGUUGCAUACGCAUGACGUGCGUGCGCUCGCCGUCUUCCCUCCAUACCUCCCUCUUGCGGCCAAUAGCCAGCUCACGCCGCCCGCGCUCAACCCGAAUCUCGCUCCGAUCCUCGCCUCGGGCGGCUGGGACAUGGUGCCAACGCUCACUCCGGCGGCUCCACCCGACCUCCUCGCGCAGCGUCUGCGUAACCCACUCGGCAAGGAGAAGGGCGGGCAGGGCAACAAGCAUAUUGUGUUUGAGGACGCGUUCCCCCGCCGGUUAUCGAUGUUUGGCGGACAGCGUGGCGCAGAGCACAUUGCAGUCUCGCGUGGCGCUCGGUUGGUUGUUGGGCGCAAGGACCGGUCGGUGGGUAUCUGGCGCAUCCUCGACGACGAGCGUGGGUGGGAGAAGGCGCUUGAGAUGGACCUCCGCCUCCGCACCAACCUCAUCUCUCACGCUAUCAGCCAGGACGGCCAGUGGCUGGCCGUUUCGGACCUGUACGAGACCAAGCUCUUCCGCCUUGUCAUCUCUGGGACUACCAGCCGGCCGAUGAGGGUACGCGACUUUGUCUCCGACCUGGAGUCUGCACCUGAGCUCGCCGAGCUGGAUCUCGCUCAGAAGGGCUGCGGCGCGUCCGCACUGCUCUUCACACCCGACUCGCGUCGUCUUGUCCUCUCCCUCGCGGCGAGUGCGCACACCGUUGUGCUUGAGCUUGACGACGAGGGCGUCGAGGUUGUGCGCUCGUUUGCGCCGCAGCACACGCUCGUCGGCGGCCGCUCGAUCCAGAACGGCAAAGCACGGCGGCGCAUGUCGGCGCCCGUCGAUGAGGACGUGGACAUGGAGAGUGACGAGGAGGACACGCCGGCCAAGGGUCCGGCCGCGUGGAUCACGGCGCUGGCUGCGUCCGACGAUGCGCAGUGGCUUGCGACGUCCGACCUCGAAGGCAAGGUCACGGUGUUCAACCUCGACACGUUGCAGCUGCACGCUCUCCUCCCGUCUUUCGCCGCCCCACCCGCGUCCAUCGCAUUUACACCGACCCACCCUCUCCUGGCGCUCGUUCAUGCCGGCAACGCGUUACAGUUCUUCCACCUCGAUGCGCGCCGCCUCCUCCCACCCAGCAACCAGCUCACCUCGCUCAACCACACUCUGCGUGGCCUGCACUCUGCGGCCCAUGGCGCGGCGUGGGAGCCAUCGCGCACGUCGCCUCGCGCGGCACGGCUGGUGGUGUGGAGCAACGACUGGCUCGCAUCCAUCCGCCUCGACCUUGACCUCGUCGCGCGCACCAAGGUGCGCGGCGGCAGCGCAACCCCCAGUGAGCCCGGCACGCCGCUCGACUCGCGCUCUCUGCGAAAGAAGCGCGCUCGCGAGGCGCGCGAGGCCCUCGAAGCGUCGUCGCCAUCAAGCAUGCCUUCGCCCUCGUCGCCGACUAUGCUCCUCUCGCGCGUGCUCAAGACGCCCUCGGCAGCCAACGACCCUGACUUUGUCAAGGUCGCCACGGACCGCUUCCGCUCCGUUGUGGGCGCGGACUGGCUGGCCGACGGGGAGCUGGUUCUCGUCGAGCGGCCGUACGCUGACUUUGUCAGCGAGCUGCCUCCCGCAUUCUGGACAGGCAAGUACGGCCGUUCGUAA